GCGGGUUCACAGAAGCCACUCCCCUCAACAGCCCCUGACGCGACAAAAGAACCCCAGGCUCCUCUGCGAAAGCCCAGUCUCCCAGGUCUCAGUAGCAGCAGCAACAUGCCUGUAACGCUGGGUUACUGGGAUCUCCGCGGGCUGGCUCACUCCAUCCGCCUGCUCCUGGAGUAUACGGACACCAGCUAUGAGGAAAAGAAAUACAAGUUGGGCGAUGCUCCCGACUAUGACCGAAGCCACUGGCUGAAUGAGAAAUUCAAGCUGGGCCUGGACUUCCCCAAUCUGCCCUACCUGAUUGACGGCACUCACAAGCUCACCCAGAGCAAUGCCAUUGUGCGCUACCUCGGCCGCAAGCACAACCUGUGUGGGGAGACGGAAGAGGAGAAGAUUCGCGUGGACAUUUUGGAGAACCAGGCUAUGGACAACCGCAUGCAACUCAUUACGAUCUGCUACAACUCUGACUUUGAGAAGCUGAAGCCUGACUACCUCAAGGGCCUCCCAGACAAGCUGACACUGUACUCCCAGUUCCUGGGGAAGCGGCCCUGGUUUGCAGGGGACAAGAUCACCAUUGCUGAUUUCCAUGUUUAUGAUGUCUUGGAUGAGAACCGUAUUUUUGCUCCUGGUUGCCUGGAUGCAUUCCCAAACCUGAAGGAUUUCAUGGCCAGAUUUGAGGCCCUGCCAAAGAUCGCUGCCUACAUGAAGUCCAGCCGCUUCCUCCCAAGACCUAUGUUUCCUAAGGUGGCUACCUGGACGGGAAAAUAAGGCACAGUAAUUUCAAGGAUAGGAUCGGCUUUGGGGAGCUCAUGCCCCCAGCCCUGCCUCAGCCUUCUCAGUCCUCUCCCUCCACUCUCUCCUCCCAGCCUGCUGCCCCUUGUCCUCUAAGCCAGUCCCUCCCAUAGAGUCUUGGCCGGCCCAAGCUCUGCCCUCUUCCUCAGCUAUGGCUCCCUGGACUGUGGUUCCUGCACUAAGGCCAUUACUGUGGCUCCUGUCUUCUGCCAUGAGAGGCCUGAGUGUCCCCCAAAUGCCAGAGAGGUCUCUGGCCUUUGCUGGCCCUGCUCCUGAGUGAGAUCUCCCUGGCACCAUGUGCUCCCGAGGAAGCCUGAACCUCAGCCUGGGCCUUUCCUCUUCCCUGGGAGCUCUGACUUGGCACUGACCAUGCUGGUUUUAGGGGGUCAUGAUUUGUUACUCAGACUUAUGGCUUUGAAAAUCAAGUGUAUGUGAUAACUAAAGAAAUGAUUGAACUGUG